CCGGGCGGCGCGGGGGUUCCUUCCCGGCCGUCCGGAACCGUGGGAGGCCGCGCUGCUGCCGCUGCCUGCCCGAGCGGAGCCGAGCUCCGGGGAGGGCGGUGGCGGCGCGGGGGGCGGUGGCGGCUCUGGAGCCGGAGCCGGGCGGGCGGCAGGCGGCGGGGCGCGGGGAGGGAGGCAGCGGCAGCGGCAGCAGCCCUCCCGGUAGCCCUCCCGCCGCCGCCAUGAGGAGCGAGCCUCUGGCCUGGUCCCCGCUCUCGGCCACGGCGGCCUCGCUGCUGGAGGAGGCGGCGGACCUGCUAGUGUUGCACCGGGACUUCGCCGCCGCCCUGGAGAAGUGUGAGGCGGGCUGCGACAGCCUGGGCCCCGGGACCGACCCCGAGAGUUCUGCAGAAGUGAAAUGCUCCCUUUGUGUUGUGGGAAUUCAGGCGCUGGCUGAGAUGAACCGGUGGAGAGAAGUUCUGUCUUGGGUCCUACAGUAUUACCAUGUCCCUGAACAUCUGCCUCCAAAAGUUCUUGAGCUGUGUAUCCUGUUAUACAGCAAAGUGAGAGAGCCCCAGGUGAUGCUGGAGGUUUGCAGUAGCUGGCUGAGACACCAGCCCAACAAGAGCCUCCCAGAGUAUGGUGCAUUGCUGGAGCUCCACUUGUUGCACGUGUUGCUGCCGCUUGGCCUGUUUGAGGGGGCAGAAGAGCUUGUACGCAGCUGUGAUGCUUUUGACAGUGAGCAGCAACUAGCGUUUCUUGGGACCAUUUGUGAAAGCCGAUGCCAGUGGACUCAACGGGAAGAGAUGCACUCAGCUGCUGAAGAGAAGCAAGAGUCUGGAACAGAAACUAUUUUGGGUGCUCUGUCCCAAAAGCUCUUGACGAUGUUGACAUUGCUACGUAGAGCACUGAGGUCCAUGUCAAGCCAUUUCUAUUUACUUCCUUACAAAAAGAUGCUCUUGGCUACUUUUCUGCUUUACCUGGUGGUGGUGAGAUUAGACCCAGCUUCUCCGACAUCACUGCCUUUCAUUUACAAACUGGUCCAGCUCUUCCGACAGGCUUGGGCAGCUGUAUUUUCUCCCAUCCAUGGGCGUCCAGUUCAAAACUAAGUAUAUACUGUCACAGGAUAUGUUUUUCUCUGCUGCUGUAAAAGUGUCAGCUUCUCUGGAGGAUGUCAUCAAGCUGUUCAAGGAUUGCUGAAAUCAGUGCCCUAACUGAGAUGACCACCUGUGAGCUCCUGUGUGGUGAUACCUUCGUUUCUUCUCAUGGGGAAUGGUGGUAUAUGAAUUUUGAAACCACACCAAGUAUUCUUGAUGUUUUGGUUGGCUCUAUUGCAUUGUUCUGUUCAACACCAGGGUAAAGCCACUCCUUCCAUAAUCUGCAACUGAAUAAGAAUCCUCCUUUUCAAACACUUUGCUUUGGAUGUAGCUCUUGCGUGAGGGUUGUAUAGCCAGUUAUGAACUAUGGAAGAAGGUUUCAUCCUUGCCAAAUGCUUGGCAGUUCUCUGAACAAGUGAAAUAAUGUUCUUGGAGGCAUGACUGUAAAAGGGAACGGAUUAGGGGAAUAUUCUGUUUUGCCUGAAGACAUCUGAAAAGCUGAGUUCCUCCAGCAUGGGAUUUAGGACAAACAUGUGGAAGAAAAACACUGGAGAAAGUGAAGCCUGUUGCAUUCUGAAGGCCAUGGUUUCUGUUGUGACUGAUGCCUCCUUACACAGUCACUCUUGAUUUUAAUCGUAUUUAAGACAAAGCCAAGGUGGUGGGCCACAAAGGCUGUUUUGCUGCACCUGCUCUUCUUAAAUGCAAAUUACAGCACUUUGUUCUUGCCUGAUGCAUAGUAAUUUUAGGAGCAUGUGGUGGUGGUAAGGAAAUAGAUUUAUUUUUUUAAGCUAUAUUCUAAAAUGUCUAGUUGAACAACUGAAGUUGUUGCAUUGUUUUACUCUUUCCCUACCUCUUGCUUUGCUUAUGUAGAUGUCAAAAGUCUCCAUGUGUUUAGAAUUGUCCCUCCUGCCCCCAGCAUCUAAAGACAUGGGUUAUAUGGGAGCCAUUUAUCAAUGCUCAAUCUUCAGAACAAAAGUCUAUUAAUAGGUAGAAAGAUAUACUUCUCUGUGACUCCAAAGCCUUCCCCAGAUCUGUGGCAAGAAAAUUAUUGUCUUUGCAGAAUAUCUGUCACCAGACUGACCCCAUUUCCGACCUCUUGAGGCAGAAAUUGGAGGUUUGGGGUAGAACACUAACUUCUUCUCUGUCUGUCCACCUAUCAUCGAUUGACAAAGGGUAAAUUCCAAAGGAGAGAGCACUGACCUAAUUAGAUAUUGCUUUCACUGGAGUAAGCUGCUUUAUGCUGGAGAGGACAAAUGAAAGGGAAGGAGCCCACCAUCCCAGCAUCUGUGCCCAAAGGGUGCAGGCUGACUGACAUCAGUCGAAACUACAAAAUGUUGAGCAAAGCAGCCUUUUUGGUGGGCAAAUUCUAUCCAACACACCAAACCUGUGAAAAGUGGCCAGCAGAGAUCCCAGUAUGGUGUCUUACAACAGUAGCCCCCUUCAGGUUGUGCCUUUGUCUCUUGCAGUGGCCACACACUGAGGCAGUGGCUAUUUCUGUGUUCUUCACACAACAGCAGCCUGGUGGUGCCUUCAAAUUGUGUGCGAUCUGUUGCUUUACUGUCUACUGAGACAUUUUGAAAACAGUCUGCAUCUUCACUGCUAAAAAUAGUUCUAUUUCUUCUUGAAUUAUCCCAAUAGAGAAAUAUUCUAUUAUUUGUGUCAGAUAAAAUGCAGCAGGUCAUUAAUGAAUGCAGUAAUGACCUUGCUUGGUUGUCUCAAAACAAAAACCAAAAUAAGCCCAUAUCCCUCCACAAAUUUUUUGUCUCUGCUAGGACUCCACAGCAGGAUAAGUAGCACAUAAUGCUUUGCCGUAUUAAAGAGCUAUUUCUUAUAUAAUCUGCUCACAUAGGGAAGAGCUGUUCUUUAUAUUGCUGGAUGGUUCUCAUAAUCCAACUAUAGGUGUAGUUAACAACUCUGCAGCCAACAGUUGAUGGCAAACCAGGUAGAAUAAAACACAGGAGCUCUGUCUGGUGUUGAACUCUUUCAAGAAAUGACUAGGCUGUGUCUACUGGCCCCUUGCUUUGUAAGGCCUCACUUUAAAUACUUCGUGAGCCAGUUAGUGAAACAGAAAACUUCACUCUACUUCACUCUGAAGUCAGGCCGAGUUCUCACCAAAUUGACCAUUUAGGUAACAAUAUUUUUUUUGCUCUAGUUUUCUAUUAACCUUUUUAGUUAUAUGGUGGAGGUGCAAUUUUGGAAGUUGGGACCAGUGGUCUGAGCAGCCACUCAUUUACCAGAACUUUAACAUUCAAGUCUAAGUGUAGGUCUGUAACCUUCACUUUUGAGUACUACUGAUUAUGUAUUUGUAUUGUAUUUAAUUCAUCAUGAGAGGGCAGGAAGGCAGAAACAAGCUCCUCCUAGGGUUUUUUUUCAAUUAAUACUAAAACUGCAAUAUUUAUUUUUCACAAUAAAGUGACUACUGAUUUUGUAGAGUUGCUUAUUUGUUCUGUGAUUAAGUAUAUGAAAACUUUUGCAUUUAAUGUAUUGAUACUCUACAGUUUUCAAAUAAUUUCUGGAAAUGUUUCACUACAUGCUCUCAUUGUACAGGCAUAUUUGAAUUAAGUAGAGUACUUGGUCAGCGUGAAUCUGAUGAGAUCUAAUCAACUGAUGAUGUUGGUAGGGUGUAAGCCUGCAUUUUCAUAUGAGUUCAAGGAGUGGUAAUUAAUUUAUCUGAAAGAUCCAGUUCUUUUUUUUUUUGUGUCUUUGUGUACCUUAGGAUGGCCAAGACCAGAAUACUACCAAGAAUAAAGUACCUGAUAUGUAUCUUUA